AUGGCAGUGAAUGUCGAGGAGGUAGAGCGUGGCCCUAGAGCCCACGAACGGACAGGUACUUGGGCAUUUAUGUCUAUCGACCUGCUGAGAGGUGAAAGGCGCCCUCACAAGGUCAGCGACGACCUUGAAUCCUUCUUCUGGGUAGUGCUCUAUUACAGCCUCCUUUACCUACCUCAUAACAAGGUUGGUAAGCUGGACGACGUAGUACCCGCUAUUUUCGAACAGUAUACCUUCUUCGGGCUCGGAGAGACGAAAGGUGGAAAUGGCAAGCUUACGGUGAUGGAAGGUGAUUACAUUGGUGAUAGUACCUCAUCCGGAUCCCGCCUGGAAUUCGAGAACUGCAAGCCGUUGUCUCGAUUUGUCACGACUUUCCUCCGUAAACUAAAACUUCGGAGAGCAUACGCCAGCCUCGCGAGCGCUAGCGUUCCUGAUGAAGACGGCGAUCCAUCAGAUACCGAUCCACCCGACGAGGCCUUACCCCAACUUCCAGCUUCCCCCAAAGAGCACAAUCACAAGGACAUUGAGCACAUCUGGAAUGCUGCACUUCGUUCAACAUCCUGGCCGAUGGAGGACGCAGCAAAAUACCAGAUCGUGAAGGGAACCGAGGGGCACGCACCGGCAGAAGUUGCUGGAGGUGAGGGCUUGAAGCAGAGUGUCCCCGAAUACGAUCUCGAGGGCGAUGACGGGGAACCCAAACCGACUGGGGGCGGGGGCUCGAAGAAGAGGAAAAGUAUCCCCGAAAACGAUCUCCAAAGCGAUGACGAGGAGCCCAAACUGAAGAAGGUGAAGACCAUCACUUUGGAAACAAUUGCAGACGGGCCCACAGAACGCAAGUCAAAGAAGAUGCCAUCCGCGACGAGGAGGAGCACACGCUUACACAAGCGCAGUACAAAUUGA